AUGUAUCCAGAAAGGCUUCCUGGAUUUGAGUCAGGAGAGUACCAGAAUAUUGAAGUCUCGGUGUAUUGGCAGGUCCAGAGCAGCCAGGACCUUGUUGUACUCCAGAAUGACAGAGCUGCAGGGAGCUGCCGGUGGGAGCCGGGGAGCCCUCCCUCUGAGGAGUUACCAGCUGCCCAGACAGACUGUGAAUUCUCCCUGGCCAGGUUCUUCCACCACAUUGCUCCGCUGGGGCUCUUCAGUUCCCUGGCCCGGCUCCUCCACAAACUCUCGGCCUGGGGCGGCCCGUCUGUCCCUGUGGAGAACAUUGGCAGCCUGGACGAUUGCGCCCCUUCCCUUGACAGGCCUGUGCGGCACGCCAAGAAGCGUCUCGGCAGACUGGCACACUUCCUGUUCGCCAUCAUCCCCGCCAGGUUCCAGCAUGCCCUCGGCUACCUGCCGACAGACUGCAUGGGUCAGAGCAGGAUCCCUGAGGAGAUCCAAAAAAGUCCCGUCAAGCCCUCGGGCAAAGGGAGCAAAAGGAAACAAGAUGAUGUUGCUCUGGAGGAGCAGCAGUCCUGGGUGGAGAUCUUGCAGCAAGAGCUACCGGAAGAGGAUGAGGCCGAAGACUCUACCUAUGAGCCAACACGAUCGGAGACGGACAGCGAAGAAUACAGGUCCCAGAACGACACAGAGACCGACCUGGAGUUUGAAGAGAAAGACGGGGUCCUGGUGCUGAAGGAAUCACCGAGUCUGCAGGAGUCUGGCGAGAACAUGCUGGCUGCAGCAAGCAGCAAUACCCUGGAGCAGCAGGCUGCAGCGACCGACGGCGGUGGGGAUGCCCUGGAGCAGCAGGCUGCAGCGACCGACAGCGGUGGGGAUGCCCUGGAGCAGCAGGCUGCAGCGACCGACGGCGGUGGGGAUGCCCUGGAGCAGCAGGCUGCAGCGACCGACAGCGGUGGGGAUGCCCUGGAGCAGCAGGCUGCAGCGACCGACGGCGGUGGGGACAUGCAGGAGCAGCAGGCUGCAGCGACCGACGGCGGUGACUGGGUUGAAGUGAUGGUGGGUGCCACCUCCAGGAGCCCCUCCCUUGACCAAAGGGUGGAGACGAUCUCUCCUGGGCCCUCUCCGCACCCAGGUUAA